AUGCACAGUUGAGCACUUGCAGCACAGCGAGACACUCGUUCCAGUCGACCAACUCAGUCAGUUAAUCAGUCAAGCAAAAGCAACGACAAGGAUACACACACACACACACACCAAAGGAUGUCUGUGGAAACGGUGCAGGAGACGCUGCAACAGGCGGCGAGUGGUGGCGGUGGCUACAUCUUGAGUCCAUUGCUAACUGGCGUAUUGGGGACCAUUUUGAUAAUGGCACUGUAUGAGUACUGGCAUCGGAAUAGCAGAGAAUAUCGCAUGGUGGAGAAUAUACCAUCGCCGCCAACAUUGCCACUGGUUGGCAUGGCUCAUUUGGUUGUUGGUUUGAGCAAUGCAGAAAUUCUAUCCGUUGGCCUGGGCUAUCUGAACAAAUAUGGCGAGACUAUGAAGGCAUGGCUGGGCAACGUUCUUGUCGUCUUCCUCACCAAUCCCAGUGAUAUUGAGCUGAUACUCAGCGGUCAUCAGCAUUUGACCAAAGCGGAGGAAUAUCGUUACUUUAAGCCAUGGUUCGGUGAUGGUCUGCUGAUUAGUAAUGGACAUCAUUGGCGUCAUCAUCGCAAGAUGAUUGCACCCACAUUCCACCAGAGCAUCCUCAAGAGUUUUGUGCCCACAUUCGUUGAUCACUCCAAGGCCGUCUCCGCACGCAUGGGCAAGGAGUCGGGCAAGCCAUUCGAUGUACACGAUUAUAUGUCGCAGACCACGGUCGAUAUUCUCCUCUCGACCGCCAUGGGUGUGAAGAAGCUGCCGGAGGGCAACACGAGCUUCGAGUAUGCCCAGGCUGUGGUCGACAUGUGCGACAUUAUCCAUAAGCGACAGGUGAAGCUGUUGUAUCGCCUGGACUCCAUCUAUAAGUUUACCAAGCUGCGCGAGAAGGGUGACCGCAUGAUGAAUAUCAUUUUGGGCAUGACACGCAAGGUGGUGAAGGAUCGCAAGGAUAAUUUCAUAACCGAAUCGCGUCCGAUUAUCGAUGAAGUGGAGGAGACACCCAAUCCCAAAUUGUCUCGCGCCACGCCACCAGCAGCAGCCGCUAAGAAGGAGGGUCUGCGUGACGAUCUGGAUGAUAUCGAUGAGAAUGAUGUGGGUGCCAAGCGUCGUUUGGCUCUCCUCGAUGCCAUGGUGGAGAUGGCCAAGAAUCCAGAGAUCGAAUGGAACGAGAAGGACAUUAUGGAUGAGGUGAACACAAUUAUGUUUGAGGGACACGAUACCACAUCGGCUGGCUCCAGUUUUGCCCUGUGCAUGCUGGGCAUCCACAAGGACAUACAGGAGCGUGUGUUUGCCGAACAGAAGGCCAUCUUUGGUGAUAAAAUGCAACGCGAUUGCACCUUUGCCGACACCAUGGAAAUGAAAUAUCUGGAACGUGUCAUCCUCGAGACACUGCGCAUGUAUCCGCCAGUACCGUUGAUUGCCCGCCGUCUCGAUCAUGAUGUGAAGCUAACAAGUGGACCAUAUACGGUGCCCAAGGGCACCACCGUUGUCGUCCUGCAAUACUGUGUGCAUCGUCGCGCCGACAUCUACCCAAAUCCAACCAAGUUCGAUCCCGAUAACUUCCUGCCCGAGCGUGCCGCCAAUAGGCAUUAUUACAGCUUCAUUCCGUUCAGUGCCGGACCGCGUAGCUGUGUGGGUCGCAAAUAUGCCAUGUUGAAGCUGAAGGUGCUCCUCUCGACGAUUGUGCGCAAUUACAUUGUGCACUCGACCGAUACCGAGGCGGACUUUAAGCUACAGGCCGAUAUCAUUCUGAAGCUAGAGAAUGGCUUCAAUAUUUCCCUGGAGCCGCGCAAAUAUCAAACAGUCGCAUAGAUAUGUCUAUUAUAUAUAUAUAUAUACAUAUAUAUAUAUAGUAGACGCAUAUCCUGUCCGAUUUAAGAAUGAAACUACAGCACCCCACUCAAACAGUCAGCCAGAGAGUCAAACUUUGUGUGAGUUAACCGCAUCUUAAAACAAACACAUAAACAAAAAACAAAAAAACCCAAAAAAAAAAUACAAAAAAAAUCUUAUUAGCACAAAAUCUUAGAGGAAGUUAAAUUUUUGUUCGUUCCUUUUUGGUAUAAGCGGUUGGUGUUCCUAUCUCCUACAAAAUAUCAACUAUAUAAACAUAUUCACAUUUUUUUUCUUAGCAUGUAUUGUGAUUCUAUUUGUUUUUUUUUUAAUAUUUAUUAAGUCACAUGGUUUAUAUGAAACCCAAAAAUAAUGAAAAAUAUAUAUAAAUAAUAUAUAGGUAUGUACAUCAAAACGCACAGGCAGUUAAAAGAGCUGCAAAAAUUUAAA